CGCCCGGAGAGCGGAGCCGCGGGAGCGGAGCCGGGGUUAGCGGCGCUGCUGGAAGAUGGCGAGCGGCUGGGAAGCGCGGCCACCCUGGCGGCUCGGGCGCCUCCAUCUGCCGCUGUGCCUGCUGCUGCUGUUGCUGAUGAGGAGCCCAGCCCGGGGGGCACACAUCAAGAAGGCGGAGGCGACGACGACGACGAGUGCGGGCGCCGAGGCUGCCGAGGGCCAGUUCGACCACUACUACCACGAAGAGGAGCUGGGCAAGGCGCUGAAGGAGGCAGCGGCCGCGGGUCCCCCGGGUCUGGCUCGCCUCUUCAGCAUUGGCCGCUCAGUGGAGGGCCGGCCGCUGUGGGUGCUGCGCCUCACCGCUGGCCUGGGGCCGCUGUUCGCGGACGACGACGCGGGGCCGGACGCUGCGGGGCCGCUCCUGCCCGGCCGGCCGCAGGUGAAGCUGGUGGGCAACAUGCAUGGCGACGAGACCGUGUCGCGGCAGGUGCUGGUCUACCUGGCCCGCGAGCUGGCGUCCGGCUACCGGCGCGGAGAUCCGCGUCUCGUCCGUCUGCUCAACACCACCGACGUGUAUGUGCUACCCAGCCUCAACCCCGAUGGUUUCGAGCGCGCCCGCGAGGGUGACUGCGGCCUCAGCGAGGGCGGCCCGCGGGGGGUCAGCGGCCGAGACAACAGCCGUGGCCGUGACCUCAACCGCAGCUUCCCGGACCAGUUUAGUACCGGCGAGCCCCCAGCCCUGGACGAAGUGCCAGAGGUCCGCGCCCUCAUAGACUGGAUCCGCAGAAACAAGUUCGUGCUUUCUGGAAAUCUGCAUGGUGGCUCAGUGGUAGCAAGCUAUCCUUUUGAUGAUUCUCCAGAGCACAAAGCAACUGGAAUCUAUAGCAAAACCUCAGAUGAUGAAGUCUUUAAAUACUUGGCAAAAGCUUAUGCUUCAAAUCACCCCAUAAUGAAAACUGGUGAGCCUCAUUGUCCAGGAGAUGAAGAUGAGACUUUCAAAGAUGGAAUCACAAAUGGUGCACACUGGUAUGAUGUGGAAGGUGGUAUGCAGGAUUACAAUUACGUAUGGGCCAACUGUUUUGAGAUUACAUUAGAACUGUCUUGUUGCAAAUAUCCACCUGCUUCACAGCUUCGACAGGAAUGGGAGAACAAUCGUGAGUCUUUGAUCACAUUGAUUGAAAAGGUUCACAUUGGAAUAAAAGGAUUUGUCAAAGAUUCAGUAACAGGAUCUGGGUUAGAGAAUGCAACCAUCUCAGUGGCUGGUAUUAAUCAUAAUAUCACAGCAGGGAGAUUUGGUGAUUUUCACAGAUUACUCGUUCCUGGAACUUAUAAUCUUACAGUAGUUUCACCUGGAUAUAUGCCAUUGACUAUUAAUAACAUAAUAGUGAAAGAAGGACCAGCUACAGAGGUGGAUUUUCCUCUUCAGCCAACUGCUGUGGUUGCAUUAAUUCCUGACACGACUGAGGCUAUAGCAACUCCUAGCUCUGUUGCUAUCCUUAAUGUUCCUCAGGGAACAUCAUCUUCUCACCAGCCAAUUCAACCCAAAGAUUUUCACCACCACCAUUUCCCUGAUAUGGAAAUCUUCUUGAGAAGAUUUGCCAAUGAAUAUCCUAAUAUUACUCGUCUUUAUUCACUGGGAAAAUCGGUAGAGUCAAGAGAACUCUAUGUGAUGGAGAUAUCUGAUAACCCAGGUGUCCAUGAACCAGGUGAACCAGAAUUUAAGUACAUUGGAAAUAUGCAUGGAAAUGAAGUAGUUGGGAGAGAACUGCUUUUGAACCUCAUCGAAUACCUUUGUAAGAACUUUGGAACAGACCCUGAAGUAACAGAUCUGGUUCGUAAUACUAGAAUUCACCUUAUGCCAUCCAUGAAUCCUGAUGGGUAUGAAAAGUCUCAGGAAGGAGAUUCAAUAAGUGCAAUUGGCAGAAACAACAGCAACAACUUUGACCUGAACCGAAAUUUCCCAGACCAGUUUGUUCAGAUCACAGAUCCUACCCAACCAGAAACUAUUGCUGUAAUGAGCUGGAUGAAGGCCUAUCCAUUUGUCCUGUCUGCAAACCUGCACGGAGGCUCUUUGGUGGUUAACUACCCUUUUGAUGAUGAUGAACAAGGGCUUGCCAUUUAUAGUAAAUCACCAGACGAUGCUGUGUUUCAACAAAUAGCCCUUUCUUAUUCCAAGGAAAAUUCCCAGAUGUUUCAAGGUAGACCUUGCAAGAAUAUGUACCCUAAUGAAUAUUUUCCUCAUGGAAUAACAAAUGGAGCUAACUGGUAUAAUGUCCCAGGUGGUAUGCAGGACUGGAACUAUUUACAAACAAAUUGCUUUGAAGUAACUAUCGAACUAGGUUGUGUGAAAUACCCAUUUGAGAAAGAUCUGCCAAGGUUUUGGGAACAGAAUCGAAGAUCUCUAAUCCAGUUUAUGAAGCAGGUUCAUCAAGGUGUUAAAGGAUUUGUCCUUGAUGCCACUGAUGGCAGGGGUAUAUUAAAUGCCACCAUUAGUGUUGCUGAAAUUAAUCACCCAGUGACUACUUACAAAAAUGGCGAUUACUGGCGUCUCUUGGUUCCAGGAACUUAUAAAAUCACAGCAUCUGCUCGAGGGUAUAACCCAGUUACUCAGAACGUGACUGUCAAGAGCGAAGGUGCUAUUCAGGUCAACUUCACACUUGUUCGAUCCUCAACAGAUGGCAACAAGGAAUCAAAGAAAGGAAGGGGGGAUAGCACCAACACUGAAGAUGCAAGUGACCCAACUACUAAAGAGUUUGAAGCUUUAAUUAAAGACCUUUCAGCUGAGAAUGGCUUGGAAGGCAUUAUGUUAAGCUCCUCCUCAAAUCUGGCUCUUUAUCGAUACCAUUCAUAUAAAGACUUAUCAGAAUUUUUGAGAGGACUUGUAAUGAACUAUCCACAUAUUACGAAUCUUACCACUUUGGGACAGAGUGCUGAAUAUCGUCACAUCUGGUCCCUUGAAAUCUCCAAUAAACCCAAUGUAUCUGAACCUGAAGAACCAAAGAUUCGUUUUGUUGCUGGUAUUCAUGGAAAUGCUCCAGUUGGAACUGAACUUCUUUUGGCUCUGGCAGAAUUUCUCUGCCUGAACUACAAAAAGAACCCAGCUGUUACCCAACUGAUUGACAGGACCAGGAUUGUGAUUGUCCCUUCUCUAAAUCCAGAUGGGCGAGAGCGAGCACAAGAAAAAGACUGUACUUCAAAGAUAGGACAAACAAAUGCCCGUGGUAAAGACUUGGAUACAGAUUUCACAAAUAAUGCCUCCCAGCCUGAGACUAAAGCCAUUAUUGAAAAUUUAAUUCAAAAACAAGACUUUAGUCUUUCUGUUGCUUUAGAUGGUGGUUCUGUGCUAGUCACAUACCCAUAUGACAAGCCAGUACAGACAGUGGAGAACAAAGAGACUCUGAAACAUUUGGCAUCUCUUUAUGCAAAUAAUCAUCCAUCAAUGCAUAUGGGUCAGCCCAGUUGCCCAAAUAAGUCAGAUGAGAAUAUUCCAGGAGGAGUGAUGCGUGGAGCAGAAUGGCAUAGUCACCUGGGCAGCAUGAAGGAUUAUAGCGUCACCUACGGCCAUUGCCCAGAAAUCACAGUGUACAUAAGCUGCUGCUACUUUCCUAGUGCAGCACAACUCCCUUCCCUGUGGGUAGAAAAUAAAAGAUCUCUUCUUAGCAUGUUAGUAGAGGUUCACAAGGGAGUUCAUGGAUUUGUUAAAGAUAAGACUGGAAAACCAAUAUCUAAAGCAGUAAUUGUACUCAAUGAAGGAAUAAAAGUACACACAAAAGAGGGAGGUUAUUUCCAUGUACUAUUAGCCCCAGGUGUCCAUAACAUUAAUGCCAUUGCUGAUGGGUACCAGCAACAACAUUCACAGGUCUUUGUGCAUCAUGAUGCAGCUAGUUCUGUGGUAAUAGUCUUUGACACAGAUAACCGGAUAUUUGGUUUGCCAAGGGAGCUUGUGGUAACUGUAUCAGGAGCCACCAUGUCGGCAUUGAUCCUAACAGCCUGCAUUAUUUGGUGCAUAUGCUCAAUCAAGUCCAACAGACACAAGGAUGGCUUUCAUCGGCUCAGGCAGCAUCAUGAUGAGUAUGAAGAUGAGAUUCGCAUGAUGUCCACUGGCUCCAAGAAGUCCCUCCUAAGCCAUGAGUUCCAGGAUGAAACGGACACUGAAGAGGAAACAUUAUAUUCUAGCAAACAUUGAAAAAUACACUUUGCAUAUCUCCCAGCAUAAGUACCAAGCAAAAUUACAGUUCCUCUUGGGAGACACUGCAUUAAGAGGAGAGACUAUCUUGCUUCUUCAAAGAGCUUUGGGAAGUUAACCUGCUAAGUCUGUAUUCUCUGUGAAUUUCUCUGGCAGUUUUGAACUUCCCUUCCUUAAAGUACUCUUAACCUUUUUAAAAAAUCUGAUUUCUAUUUAUGCAGCAGAGAUGGGACAGCCACUUUGUUUUUCUUCUUAAUUUAAGACAAGCUAUUUGGAGCUUACGUAAUAACAGCAUAAAGCCAAUUAGUGGAUGUUGUGUUUUACACAUCGGGUGUUUACUAGUGGCUUUAGCUUUUUUUUUUUUUUUUUUCCUUUAUUUUAAAGGCCAAAAGAAUCCAGAAACAUUAAAGCAGGGACAGCAGUCAGAUUCUGACACAAAGCUUUAAAAACUCGAAGUAUUCUCAACCUAUUGAGGAGUACUCUUCUCUAGUUAUUAGAUAGCUGGAGUUUCUCUUAUUCAGGUUUAAUGGAUUGAAUGAUUUUUAAACAUAUGUAACAUUAGGAAAUGAAUAAGUGGGCUUCCGUAUUUGUUUUCUACAUGUUUCCAGGCUAGAUCAGAAAUGGUAGGCUGUGUUGUAAGCAAGAUUUUACUACCUCUCUUGUAAGGUUUAGCAAAGUUCUAAAUAUCCCCAUUUUAAGGGAGAACUCAUUGACUUUAUUGUGCAAGGUCUCAUUGUCCACUUGAAUGGAGCUGAGAGGGAGAUCUAGCAAAAGAUGAAACUCAUGUUGCCUAUCUUUUAACUUGGUAAAAAUCCACAGGUGCUGCUGCUUUUAUCUGUGAAGCACUAGUUUAUCCUAGGAAUGCCUAAUUCUUUAAUAUUUCCUAAAUUUGAACCUUUUUCUAUGUUGUACACCUAUGGUUUUCAGAUGACCCAGCCAUCUACAAAUCUGAAUUCUAUUGAAAAUAUCUGGUAGUGUGGAAGAGACCUACUUGCACAUUCUUACUCUACAUUUGAACACAAAAUAUCUACACUUCAUGCUCCAGCCCGAGCCUUCACUCGGUAAUAGCAUACUAUCAUUAAAAAUAGCCCAACCAGUCUUGUUCACAUAGUCCUCUGCAAGUGAUGGGGUUCUUUGUCCUAAUGUUUCAUUCGACAGUCUCUUUUUUAUGACCAUCCAAUUUUGUUAAAAGUUCAGUUGAAAGCUUUUAGUUAUGGCUCCCUCCAUUUAAAAAAAAAAAAAAAAUGUAAACUAUGGACUGCCAUGUGGUAAAAUGCUGUGGUGUGAAAGUGACAUCUUCACUGCCAGUCAGGCAAAGACCUGAAAGUUUUGCAUUUUAUUGUGUCUGUCUUAUACAGUGGAAAUGAUGCUUUUUGUAAGUAUGAGUCUUACCAAUGAUUUAAUGGUUUAAUACCUUUGAAUGUUUUAAUGGCCAAGUUGCUGCUGAACUUGUACUAAAUCAGGGGAUCAAAAAACUAGCUCUCAUCUUUUCAAAUUGUGUUUUAUAUCCAUUAAUGUAUCAGUUAUCCCAAAGUCUUCAUGUGGAGUUGUUUACUCCAUUAACCUAGGUCAUUCAACCAGGUUUUGUGAGAAAUACAUCCAAAGUGGCUUUAUAAUAUAGAGAUUUUGCUUUACAGGAAUAAUGAGGUCAUAAUAUUUGUUAAUAAAUGUGGUGAUAAUUUCGAAUGACUUAACGUUAAACCAUUCUGAUGUUAAUCCUGAUAUUAGCAACUCUAAAUUCUGCCACCUCACUGUCGUAUCACCACAUAUACAGAAUAGUUUGUGGAAUGCUAAUAUUAAAUAUAUGUGAUUUAAUUUCUUCUAAUAACACUUUACAUUUCCUUAAAGAUGUGAUGUAUUGCUCUUUUCAGCUUUAUUUUUAAGAGUGCAAAGUCAGAGAACCAACAAAGGGCCUACUAGUGACUGGCCCUGCUUGGGACAUUGCAACUAGAAAUGAAACCAAGUUGAUGCAACAGCCUUUGCUUUAAAAGCAGUGGUCUUCACUAGAGGAUACCUUUACAUUUACUUCUUUCUUGAAUUAAAUGUGUCUUUAACAUACAUCUCAGUGACUAAAGGCCAUGCCUUUUAGCUAUGUGUAAUUUUUUUUAAAGAAAUUAAACCACAAAUAGUUCCUUUAUUACUUUUUCCUGGAAGGAAAACCAAAUUCUGCUCAGUCUUUAUUACUUGCUAAAUAAUGCAUUUAGUUGGAAAACAAGGCCUUCUCAGCCUGUUACCUAUGAACAUGAAUGUACAGGAUCCAUGACUACUAAGACUGUGUUCUCAGCCCUGCUCUGUCUUUUCUUUGUGGAUCUAAUCUAAUAUUAGACCACAUUAACAACUAAAGGCAUUGAAGCCAUAUGGGAUGGGGAAUGCAUUUCUUCAGUGUUUCUCUUAGAGACUUUUCAUUUCCUUGGAGUCAUGUAGGCAAGUAAGUAUCACAGUAUUAAGAAAUGUGCCCAAAUCAGAGUUGUGCCUUUCUUUACUCACAAGGCAUGGUUUUGUCCUGGUGAUCAGUCUGUAAGCCUUCUUCCCUCCCAGCUCCUUAAUAAAAGCAAAGUGAUUGAGUAGGUAAUGUUCAAAGUGUCUGCCUGUAUAAAUGUACUAAUUAUGUGGUUCAAAAAGAUAAGCCCAAGUAAUUUUAGAAAGAAAGACUCUGGUUUUGAUGUAAAUUUGUGGAAACACUUGGGUAAUAAGUGAGAUCCCAUCCAAUCAAGGAAUGCUAGCAAAUCUCAUUGAAGGGAAUUUGCUUUGGAACUUUGUCAUCUUCCAGAAAGGAAACAUUGUAUUUUUGACCCAGUGUGAUUGGUCAAUCUUUAAUAACUUUCAUCUGAAUGGGAUUUGCUAAAUUAGUGAAUAUUGAACUUAAAACUAAUUAUAAGUUGACAAAUAAAGAAAAGGUAGUGCAUAUGUCUGAGCUUACUGUGUUUCUGAGCUCAUACAAGGUUACUCAGUAACCAUGACCUGCUCCUCCAUUUCCAUUUAUUCUCAGCAUUAAAUAGUUUUAUCUUCUUGAUGCCAGAAGACACUUGUGCCAGGUUUUGCCCCUUGUAUUAAAAGCUUCUUGGCUAUGAAUGCUAUGAUAGUGCCCUGUAUUAUGGUACUCUGGUGGAACUGUUUUAAUAGUAGCAACCCAGCAUUUCCCUUAAAUCUUUGCUUUAUUGUUACUACUAAAAAUUCCACUAUGGUUAGUGUUCAGUGGCUUUAACUUUCUGAUAACUCUUUGGGUUUCUGAUUUGUUUUAAUUAAAGCAGAUUGGGGAAUGAUUAGGAUCCUUGAUUAAUGUCAACUGAACUUGGAUUUCUAGUUCAUGAGGAAAUCUAAAUCUCUCCCAACACCCAAUUCUCCUAUUUUGGGCAAUAAUUUCAUUAGAUUCCACUUGACUUUCAUAAUAUUGUCCUGGUUGAUUUCGAUUUGACAGAUUACAUUAUUAAAUUUGAAAGUCAGUUACCAUUUUGAGGCAAUUGGAUAAAAAUUAUGUAAAUAUGUAUGAUUAUGAUUUUUAUAAAUGGCAUAACAUGAGUGUACUAGUUACAUUCUAUGCUGGCCAUGCUGCAGAUUUUCUGGAGGUAAUGGUAUUUUUUUAAUGCUCUUUUCACCUCUCUGUUUUUUUAGAAUGAUGCUCCCCAGGUCCAGAACUAUAUAUAGCUGUUUAUAUGACAUGCCCAAUACCCAUUCAUCUCAAGUGCUACAGUAUGGUUUAUUUCAUGCACUGUGCCUUCAAAAUGAAAUUUUUAAAAGGGACUUUAAAUGAAGUUGAAUAGUAGUUUUAAAAAGUCAAUCUGUGUAAUUUAUGUGAAAUCUAACUGUAAUGAGGUCCUUUCUGUUUUUUAUAUGUAAACAGAUCUACUAAUCCUGUAUAAAAGUUAUUUUAUGAUGUU